AUGACUUCUAAUCCAUCCUCACCGACUGGUUAUCUACACACCCUCUGUCGUCAGGGUAAUAUUGCUACAAUUCAAUCCUACCUUAAUGGAAUAGAGGAUAACAGCAAGUUGGAAGAGCGUGUUGGUUUCCUUGGUUACACUCCACUUCAUGAGGCAACCAACCUAGGUCAAACCAAAGUUGUCAGGUUGUUACUCCUAUAUGGUGCCAAUGCGAAUGCCAAGGCCAAUGGUUUCUACACACCUCUUCAUAUUGCAGCAUCAAUGGACAAUGUAGAUUGUGUGGUUGAGCUUUUGAACCAUAAUGCUGAUAUAACUAGUAAAGAUGAGUUUGGGAAGACAGCUUACGAAACAGCCAUUAUACACAAAUGCAAAAAGUCGGCAAGAAUUCUUAAAAGUGAAGGUUAGUAAAGUUAAUAUAAUCUUAAAUGUUACAAGCCUAGCCACAUGUAACGCAUAAAAUGAUUAUUUUAACGAAGGGUGAUAAUCCGGCAGUGUGGCCGAGUGGUUAGAGCACUGGACCUGAAAUUCAGAGGUCUGAGUCUCUCUUGCUCUACUAGCUGGAUUUGUUCUUGGUGGUCCCAAGUUCAACUCCUCGACAAUGCUUAAAUAAUAUUACAGGGUUCUCAAUAGAUUUUUAAGUAGGAGGUGAUCACUGAUAAAGUAGGAGGCUCUUCAGCAAAGCCAGAGGUGUCAAAACAAAGCAAAGAAAAGCGACCUAAACUCAAAGUAAGCGGCUAUAAAUCCCAAAGUAAGCGGCGAUCAAUCGCCGGGUGCCGCCUUCUAUUGAGAACCCUGAUAUUAUACAUUGUGUAAAUAGCCAGCUAGUUUACUCCGGUCAGUUGGGGUCCUUAAACCCUGUUAAAAUUGAUUUACAUCGUUAGAUUAUUUGUUUCAGGCAUUUGCUCAGCCCCUGCACUAGCUUUAGUGCUAUAAAUAAUGCUGAGGAUAUUAAAAUUUAACAGAAUUAUUAUUAUUAUUAUUAUUAUUAUUAUUAUUAUUAUCCGGUGCGUAUGGGACAUCUUGGGCUCAUAAAUCCAUCUGAUAGUGCGGAUGCAGAGUAUUCAGUGUCUAUUAGGUUAAGCGCUCCACUUGUAAGCAAAAUAGAGGUGCAAUCCCAUGAGACAUGGCUGCUGAAGAGAACGCACGUGCAAAAUAGAGGCGCAAUCCCAUGAGACAUGGCUGCUAAAGAGAACGCAUGUGCUUUAGAACUCUCCGCGAAAUCUGGCUUAAGACAACCAAGCCAAGGAUAUUUAAGAAUUUGUCCAUCACGAAAAUUGGGCAUAGCUCUAAGUUUAAAUGGUUAGGAGAUUUUGAAGAGCUGAAAUUGUUUGAAGACGGCUAUUUGAAAAUCACAGGAACGUGGAGCUACACGACGAACAAUGGCAGCUUUCAUACGAUGAAAGCCAAAGGUGCCUCCAUAAGCUUUUAUUCUGGGAUGAAAACACUCAAUGUGCAAGGGUCUAAAUCCGAAAUUAUCGGCCAGAAGCUACUACAAUUUGCAAGUACUGUUAGCAAGGAACAAAGCCAUUUUGCAGCAUCAAAUAUUCAAACCAAUUUCGUAAGUGACGAUGACCACGAACAACAAGAAGGUGUUGAAGAACAUGAGACUUUGACUUCGGACGAGAUUACCAAGGACUUGAAUGCUCAUACCAAAUGUUCCAAGGUCAUAGAAGCCGCAAUUCACGAGUUCAGACUCGAGGUUGGCAAACUGCGUUUCGGAAUUUGCUGAACUUUCAAAUCUUUCAACAGUGAGAAGAUUGGAUGAAACCAGACUUAAUGAUGAAAACAGAGACCUAAAACUGAAGUUAGAAGAAUUAGAAAUGCAGUAUGAUUCUCUAAAACGUGAAUCUAGAGCCAUCCAAGAUGAAAACAAAAGCUUAUUGACGGCCCUACGAUUGCUAAAUAGCGAAAUUCCUAGUGAAACCAAACACACAGCUCCCGAAAUUAAUGUUCAAGCUGACAGGGAGUGGACUUAAGCCAAAUCAUCAAAAAGAGCAAACCAAUCAACUUCCAGUUUGAGUUCGAACAAAACCCAUGAUCAAGCUGCUGAAAAUAAGGAAGAAAAAACUAACUACUAUAAAAGGUAUUUGGAAACAAAUCUAGGGGAUAAUAAGAAAUCAUGGAAAGAAGUAAAUUCAAUAUUGGGCCGAAAUUUACCAACAACUCAAAUAAACAGAAUAGAUGUUGGAGAUAACACAAGUACUACCCCAUUAGAAAUCUCUAAUGCUCUUAAUUAUCACUUUACUCACAUUGGGCCUAGGUUAGCCGAUAGUAUUCCCAAAACUAGUGUUUGUUUCGAGGACGACAUUACACCAUCAGAUUCUAGUUUUACCCUGAACAAGACUCACUGCGGUGUUGUUCACUGUUUAGUGUGUUCCCUUCGAAUCAACAAGACUACGGGCCUAGAUGGUAUUUCUGCAAGGCUUUUAAAAGAAGCUUGCCCUGAAAUCGUGCCUUCUCUCACCCAUAAUUAUAAUAAUAUUAACCUAUCCGUUAGGUGUGGGUAUUUUCCAGACGAGUGGAAAAUUUCCAAAGUAUUACUUUUAUAUAAGGAGGAUAUAUUAAGUCUGAUCCUAACAACUAUAGACCUAUAUCUAUUCUACCAGUUGUCAGUGAAAUAAUCGAAAAGGUUAUUUUCAAACAACUUUAUGAGUACCUAACUCACAAUAAUUUGCUGACAGUUUCUCAGCAUGGUUUCAGACCGAUGCAUUAUACUUUGACUGCCUUGCUUGAAGCUACUAACAACUGGUACUUAAAUAUUGAUGAUGGCCUAAUUAACAGUGUACUCUUUCUGGAUCUAAAGAAGGCCUUUGAUACGGUUGACCACAGCAUAUUGUUAAAAAAAACUGCAACUUGAAUGGUCUCGACCCGCAUGCAGUUCAGUGGUUCAAAUCAUACCUAUCAAAUCGCUUUCAGAGUACUUAUGUAAAUGGACCCUAUCAGACUAUCUUCCUGUUAGUUGUGGGGUCCCACAAGGUUCUCUACUUGGACCCUUGUUGUUUCUCAUUUAUAUAAAUGACCUACAAGAAUGCGAGCUGUCAUCAUCUGCACUCAUGUAUGCUGAUGACACCUUGCUUACCCUUUCCGCUUAUGACCCCGCAACUCUUGAAGAAAAGUUAAACAAAGACUUGGAUGAGGUUCAAAAGUGGCUGAAAUCCAAUAGACUCACAUUAAAUGUCAAAAAUACAAAAUAUAUGAUAAUUGGAAGCCACUACCGACUAAGGCAUUUAAAUGGUGUCUUAAACGUCCAUGUUAAAAGUCAACAAUUGACUCGGGUGACUAAUUAUAGAUAUCUGGGAAUAGAGGUUGACGAGGCAUUGGGGUGGCAAUGCCAUGUAGAUACCAUCUGUAAAAAGGUAUCUGCAGGUAUAGGGGCCUUAAAACGUAUUCGUUCCCUGGUGCCUCGCCAAACCCUACUGAAAAUGUAUGAUGCUUUAGUCGCUCCUUAUUUUGAUUAUUGCUCCGAGGUCUGGGGAUGUAUGGGAAAAGGCCUGCGUGACAGACUCUAGAGAUUGCAAAAUAGGGAUGGGAGAAUUAUAACAUUUAGUGAUUAUAAUACAAGAUCUGCGGAUAUCCUCCAAGACUUGAGAUGGGAUACCCUUGAGCAAAGACACUCUAAACAUCUCGCAAUAAGUGUUUAAACCAACCUCCUGGGUUCAUUCUUACAAUGUGCGAGGUGCCUCAAACAACAUUUUUGUACCAAGGCCUCGCACUGAAGCUGCUAAGCAGGCUUUUAGCUAUAGGGGAGCUGUCAUGUGGAAUGGCCUAGAAAAUGUGCUUAAAGAUGAGAUAAAUCUCAACUCUUUCAAGUCUGUCUUUGUCUUAAACCAGGGAUUGCCUUGAGGGAGUUGAGAUAGAAUUUAUUUUAGUCAUAUAAUUUACCUUUAAGGUUGAUUGAUUUUUGUGUACAUAAUUAAUUAUAGGAUAGAUUUUCUUAAUAUAUAGAUAUUUUUAGCAUUAGUAUAGUUUCUCUGAAAAUUUUGUUAUCUAAUUCUAAAUGGCUCANGUAGAUACCAUCUGUAAAAAGGUAUCUGCAGGUAUAGGGGCCUUAAAACGUAUUCGUUCCCUGGUGCCUCGCCAAACCCUACUGAAAAUGUAUGAUGCUUUAGUCGCUCCUUAUUUUGAUUAUUGCUCCGAGGUCUGGGGAUGUAUGGGAAAAGGCCUGCGUGACAGACUCUAGAGAUUGCAAAAUAGGGAUGGGAGAAUUAUAACAUUUAGUGAUUAUAAUACAAGAUCUGCGGAUAUCCUCCAAGACUUGAGAUGGGAUACCCUUGAGCAAAGACACUCUAAACAUCUCGCAAUAAGUGUUUAAACCAACCUCCUGGGUUCAUUCUUACAAUGUGCGAGGUGCCUCAAACAACAUUUUUGUACCAAGGCCUCGCACUGAAGCUGCUAAGCAGGCUUUUAGCUAUAGGGGAGCUGUCAUGUGGAAUGGCCUAGAAAAUGUGCUUAAAGAUGAGAUAAAUCUCAACUCUUUCAAGUCUGUCUUUGUCUUAAACCAGGGAUUGCCUUGAGGGAGUUGAGAUAGAAUUUAUUUUAGUCAUAUAAUUUACCUUUAAGGUUGAUUGAUUUUUGUGUACAUAAUUAAUUAUAGGAUAGAUUUUCUUAAUAUAUAGAUAUUUUUAGCAUUAGUAUAGUUUCUCUGAAAAUUUUGUUAUCUAAUUCUAAAUGGCUCACUGGAAGAGCAUUUUUAGUGAAGUGAUACCGUUGUAAAUAAAGCUUGAUUGAUUGAUUUGAUUGAUUGAGAACCCAGAAGAAGCCGAGGUACAACAACUGGUAUACGCCACCCAGAAAGAAAAGGGUGAUGGGCUAAAAGAAGAGCUUAAGGAGGUGAAGGCCAUGUUGCCAGACAAGACACAGAGAGCCGUGGACCUGGCCUGUGAAAAAGGCGCAUCCAACUGGCUUACAGUUAUUCAUCUCAAAGACAUGGAUUUUGAUCUCAACAAGUGGGAAUUUCGUGAUGCUGUGAGGCUUCUAUAUGAUUGGCCGAUACGUGAUAAUCCGUCAGUAUGCGUUUGUGGGAGCAAGUUUACAGUAGAUCAUGCGAUGAUCUGCCAGCAUGGAGGUUUAGUUAUUCAGCACCACAAUGAAAUAUGCGAUCUACGGGCCGAGCUGCUUGACAUGGUUUGUUGCGAUGUGCAAGUUGAACCCGCAUUACAACCUAUGACAGGCAAAGAGCUUGCCAGAGGGACUAACCGAGCCCCUGAUGCAUGCCUUGACGUCCACUGUAGUGGUUUCUGAGAGCAAUAGAGGGCUGCAUUUUUCGAUAUAAGGGUGUGUCAUCCCAAUGUGGACUUGUAUAGAGAUCUUAGCCCCAAGCAAAUCUACAGGAUUCAUGAAAAUGAAAAGAAGCGAGAAUACAACUCUCGCAUCACAGAAAUAGAGCAAGGCACAUUCACCCCACUGGUAUUUACAACGACGGGAGGGAUGGCUGACGAAUGCCUGAGAUACCACUCAAGAUUAGCCGAGCUAUUAUCUGCAAAAAAGCAAGAGAGCUACGCCACAACAAUUUCAUGGGUCAGCGCGAAAGUGUCCUUUGCAAUUUUGCGGAGUGUGCUCCUAUGCUAAGGGGAUUGAGAACCCUGAGAAGGAGGAACUUAGAUGUAAAGGACAGGGAUCUAGAAAUAGAGAAGGGUCAAGUACAACUUCCCUAGACUCAACAGCUAUAGAUGCUUUAUGAAUUGUCUUUAUUAUAUUUUAUUUUUUUUAAAUAGUUGAAAGAAACUUUUGACUUUUAGAGGCUGACAGUUUUUUUUUUAUUGAAAUGAAAUGUUUUUAAUUCGAAUAAAUUUUUCUUAGUUAAAUUAACUCUUUCUAAGCUAAAUUAAGUGCUUUUUAAAUAGACAGGAAUUGUAAAUAGUGUUUUGAAUGAAUAGUUUUUUCUUUUUUUAAGUGAAUUAAUUGUAAAUAGGAUUUUAAUAGUUAGCAUUGUUGUCAAUAAAAUUUUUUCAUUAAAAAAUUAUUAUUAUUAUUAUUACCACGUCAUAUUAUGUAAUUUCCAGUCAUUAUUUUACUUCAUAUAUUAUUAUUAUUAUUAUUAUUAUUUAUUAUUGAUUCACAAGUAGUAAUGGCAAAGACGGCAAGAAUCCGCAAUGAUUCGCACGAAGGCAAACAUUGAUCCGCUACUAUCAGCAAGAAUCCGCAAUGAUUCGCAAGAAGGCUAAAAAUGAUCCACUACGAUCAGCAAGCAAAGCUACAAUGCAAAGCAACACUAGCAAAAGGGCACACAAGGAGCCCUGCAAUUCCCCGCGGGCCGCCCCGUAGGUCACAUACUGAAGUGGGAGAAGACUGCUGGCCAACUCGCUCGAGUUUAACUUUGCCUAAAUGAUAUUUAGCCACAUUAUUAUUAUUAUUAUUAUUUAUUAUUAUUAUUAUUAUUAUUAUUAUUAUUAUUAUUAUUAUCAUAACUAAAUUAUUAUUAUUGUUAUUAUUAUUAUAGAUCUGUUGAUAGUGAUAUGUUGGAACAUCUCCUUAGGGACACCUCUAUUCAGGGGAAAGGGACACUACUUCUGGGUCCCAAAACCCAGGUUUAACCUUCAUUCAGGAGAUAUCUUGGCACUGAAAAAGUGACUGACUACAAAAAGGGUUGAUAUCUGUAAGUUUACACUAAUCACAAUUAUGCAAGCUUUCACAAACUCACUUAAGUCAAUGUAAUGCACUUGUGUGAAUUCAACACAUAAUGUCGGAGAAAUAAGCUAAUGAUGAUUUUUUUGUGUUGACUUUGUUGGUUAAUUAUUAACACAUCCCAACCCUACCUCUAUUCAGGGGACACCUACAUACAUACAUAUUCAAGGGACAAUUGCAUCAGUCCCAAGGGUGUCCUCUGAAUAGAGGUUCCACUGUAAUCUAACUUGACAAGGUUGAGAAAAAAAAGUAUUUGACAAAUGUUAAACUUUUUUUUCUUUUUCUCCAGAGAUCAAGAAGGCAGCCAGAGAAAAUAAUCCAGAUCUAAAGGACAUGUUAGCAUCCAUUUCAGAUGAAACUGUUCUUCCAACGUGCUUGAAGGAAGCCCUGCUGGAAGCUUCAAGGGGUGGACACAUGGAUGCUAUCUGUGCACUAAUAAUUACUGGUGGAAGACGUUCUCUGCAACUCAGAGACUGCAUCAGUGAAGCUGUGAAGUUUCACUGUUAUGAGGCUGCUGCCCUUUUGUUGGCCUGCUAUGCAGCCAAGCACGACAAGAAACUGCUUCUAAGAUACUUGAUGAGCGAGGAGAUGAGCAGACAAGAAGAGGAACAAGUGAUUAAAGAACAUUGUCAACCAAAUCGUGGACUACCACGUGAUGUCCUGGAUAAAUUAAGGUAAAUCUCUCUAAUUUUAGAGUUGGAUAAAAAUUAAUAAUACAGUGAGUUUAAUUUGUCAGUUAUUCAGGGAUAUCUUGCUAAAUUUUGACAGAAAUAGACUGUUUCGGUUGUCUGCUUAAUUUUUCUAAACCUUUAUUUUUUUCUAAACCUUAUGCCUUUUUUUAAGAUCAUUUAUUGUUGACAAAGAAUCCUUUAACAUCGCCGUUCCCAUUGGGCUGGCUUUGCAGCAAAGGAAAAACGAAGCCGCCGGAAUUAUUCUUCGGAAUACAAACUGCAAUCAACGACAGAAACAGGUCAAUUGGCCGAAACUUGUCCUGGAAGAAAUAGAUCCUUUAUGGUUAGAAAGCAUAAAAUGGGUGGAAAAACUGUUUCUAGCUUCCAAUUUACUAGCAAGUGUUCCAAGUAACAUUCACGUUUUGGACAAACUAUGCUGUCUGGACUUGAGAAGAAAUCAGCUCAAAUCGAUUCCUUCCCGUCUACUGCAGAUGCCGAGUUUGCGAGAUCUCAGACUCUCUGAAAAUAAACUCACUGAAUUGCCGAGGAACUGCAAAUGGAGUCCUUCUCUCAAGUCAGUUUAUUUGAGUGAUAACUCCUUAGAAACGCUCCCGAAAAGCAUGGCAACAGCAAAGUUAACAAUUCUUUACCUUGCACGGAAUAAUUUGUACGAGGUGCCUCAAUGCAUAUGGAAGAUAACCACUCUUCAAUCGUUGGAUCUGUCUGGCAAUCCAAGGUUAACACAACUUCCAUCUCAAAUGGGAAGGCUUAUAAAUAUUGAAAUGCUCAGGCUGGAAAAUUUAGAACAGGUAGGUGGUACACACAAAAUGGGAAUUUGUUGGAAAAGGGAAUGUUUAAAACUUAGUGCUGUAUUUUUGUGCCUUUUUUGGUUUGAAGAAUAUCACGUUUGUAUUUCUUUGAUUGAGAAUUUUAGUUUGUGUGUGAAGUUUAUACCGGCCAAUACUCUUUAUGGAAAAGGGACACCCUCGGAGCAACACUGCUUUCUUGAUUUGUUCUUGGUCACAAGCCAAACGAAGAGGAAAAAAUUCGCAACGACGAAAACUCUAAGCAGCGCACGAUACACGCUCAGCAAGGGAUUUAAUCCCACCAAACUUGGGAGCGGCGAUCGAAGUGCGUGUUUCUUCGGAAACGAUAGAUCUUCGCACUCUCGAGUUCGGACCCGAUUAAUUACGAAGUCCGUCUACUACGAGUGAGCGAGUGACUCAUUUGCAUAUCCUAAUCCCUGCAAUAACUCGUGGUACGCUCGCGUGUACCCACGAGUUAAAAAAGGAAAUCAAUCAAUAAUUUAUUCACUUUCUCUUCCAUUGUUUUGAUAGGUAGGUUAGGAGUAAACACAGGGCUUGAAAUAAUUUUGCGACUAGCGCCAGUCGAGUUGUCCGGUCAAAUCUAUUACGUUUUAUCUCUCAAAAAAGCCCCUUUCUUUUUUUUUUUCUUCACGAACGCCAAAGUAAUGUCUAAUUACGUAAAAUUUGAAGUUCGGAGUUAGAUUUUCCAUUAGAAACGUAAAUGAUCAGACAAAGUGUCAAGUCAUCCAAGGAUUUGACCGGAUGAAGCCUAUACUUUUGACCGGCCUUUGUCCGUUGACCGGCCGUUAUUUCAAGUUCUGGUUUUAAACACAAUAGGUGGGCGCAGUUUUGAGCUUUAUGGUUUAAGCAGAGCAUUGGCCAUUGUGCCAGCGUUAUAAAUUAGUAUUAUUUGGCCACGUUAAUGUUGCCGUUUUGCUUCCCACUCACUCUAGUUUUAAAAAGAGAGUUUGAGCAACUCGGAUAUAGUCUAUUACGUUCACUUAAGUUUGUUUUGCGGUGUGCCGUAGAGGGGAGAUAGAAGAACGGAUGAUCAUCAUCAGUAUUGGAUGUGAUGUCACCUGUUUUUGUUGUACCUUGUUGUUUCGCUUUUUGCUGUUUAGACCUCAGUAGGUACCGUACCAAAACGAAAAAACUGAAUGAAUUAAAUGGUGCGUAUUUCUUGUCCUUUAUUAUGCCUAAAGAUGACAGAUCCUCCUGAUGAGAUCAAACAGAACGGAGUCAAAACCAUCAUGUAUCUUCGAAAUAGUCUGCGCUCAUCCAAAGCUUAUUAUACUGUAAAGUUGAUGUUGGUUGGAAGAGCAGAGCAGGGAAAGACAACACUGAUGCAUCGGCUAAUGCGGGACUACACAUACAACAUCAAUCAGUCAACAAACGGUACAUGAAAAUGUUUAGUGUUGCUAGUUCAGUAACUGAGAGAGUGGAUGGUGUGUAUUAAGUGUUCACUGUGUACAGGUAGCCAUUACGACACCUAAGGGAGGAUCAUCAGGUUAUACCUAUAUUAAGGCCCAGGAAAAGGUUAGCCACUGGCACACCACCCGGGUCUACUUCCCCUACUCUUUUCGAACAGUGUUGUGGGUUCUUUUGCGUCCCACAAGAACCAGAUAAGUGGAAGUGCUGUGAGACGGGACCUACGGUUUUUCGUCCUUAUCCAAGAAGACUAGAAAGUCUAACCGCGUUGGCAGAUGUUAUUACGAAGGCAGCAUUUUCUUCUCAGUAAUUAAAAGACCCUGGGUGUUGGUCCGGCCGGGAUUUGAACCCGCGACCUCCCGCCCAGCAAACCGGCGCUCUCCCAACUGAACUAACAUGCAGCUGUUUGUUAAAUUUUUCUUUCUUCUAUGAGAAGUCGUAGGGAAACUUCAGAAAGAAAUGUUUCAGGCUUCCAUUGGAUAACACUUUUUAACUCUAUUCUCGGUCCAUUUAAAGGUUCGACGGUGAAGCGCCUAAAAAUUGGCUCAGUCGAUUACUGUUUAGACAACAAGUUUUGUAUCCGACCUAGAAUCUUAAAUAGCGUAACAUUUUAUUUUCAUGUUUAUGUUGGUACUUUCACAGGCAUUGCCAUGGACGAAUUUCGUUACAAUCGCAGAGAAUUUGGCCUGUUUUCAAACUACCCGGAGUUUAAAUUCAAGAUAUGGGACUUCGGCGGUCAGGAGGACUUCUACACGACGCAUCAGUGUUUUUUAUCCACCCUGGCGCUUUAUCUUUUAGUCUGGAAUCUGCAAGAAGGUAAACAAACAAACAAAAAAAGAACCGCAGGGAGAAGUUAGUAGCUUUGACCUUUUUCACACGCUGUUCCAGUUACGGGCAGAUUGUAGCUUUUGGGUCUGUGGAUGAAAUCCUAUGAUGUGAAAUAUAAAUGGCAUCUCUUUACUUUUUGCGUUAUGCGCUAUAGACCGCAGAUACAACCGUCCCUCAGGCUACACACGGUACUUUUUGUUGUACUAGUAGGAAGUUUAAGCAACGAUGACGGCGACGGCUACGGCUACGAAAACGUCACUGGAAAAGUGAAUUCGCGCUGCCUCGUCAAAUGUUGGCAAAUGUCUUUGGAGUUGAAUUCUAAAGGAUUGUAUCAAAGUCACGAUAAGAAAAACAAGAUUGUUGUUUUGUGCUCCGGUUCUCGACAAAACGUGAAAUCAGGUGUUUUCACAUUGUAGUCGUGCAACGACGGCAAAGAAAUAUCAUACAAAAAUGCGUGAUGCACGUGCAAAGCUGUUAUUUUGCCAUUCUCAAACUCAUUAAUAAUUCAUAAAGAAAAUUCAAAGGAAAUUAAUGUUUAAUGAGUGUUUGGAUAUCGGAUGAAAAACUGCUCAUUUUUGCAUCAUUAAUUUCUCCUUCAAAAAUGAUUUUGUUUGAGAAGAAAUAUCAAACAUUCGACACAGUGUUUCAUCACCAGAUGAAACACCCCGAAGUUCGUCAAAAAAACUCCGCUACGCGUCGUAUUUUCAACUCUCUUCUCGGUGUCUCAUCUGGUGAUGAAACACUGUGUCUCAUGUUUGAUAUAUUACAUCUAAACCUAUUGGUUUAUUGCCGUUCUCGCUGCUGUCGCCGUCGUCCUUGCUUUUCCUAAUUUAUCCACGAGACGUACGUGAUCCUGUGUUCCGAAUCCUAUGUAUAUGCAUGUAUUUAUGAAAGAAAAAAGUGCACUUGAUUUGAGUGUCGAUGUUAUUAAGCACGAUAGUACUAUUUGGGGACACUAUAUUUACGUUUCCAGCUGGAGACGGGACCGCCAUUUUACGUGGUCAUCCGAGCCACGCGAAGGUCUAGCCACUGGCAGGACAAAGACAGUACCGUCGUUUCUCAGUUGGGGUUGAUUUCCACUGUCGCGUAAUUUUUACGUGCGUACGUGCGUAAAAUUUAGGUUCGCUAAUAAAAUAGAGGCAAUGUAUGAAAGGUCGCACGUCAGCGCAAAAGUAGAACCUCACUCAACUUCACGUUUAAUCUCAACACUUUAUAUCUUGCCCUCUAUUUUAUUCCUGUGAUUAAAAUUUGCGUGCGUUAACGUGCGUAGCCAAAAACGCGUCAGUGGAAAUCAACCGUUACUUUAAGACCAUGAGUAUUGGUCCAGACCCGGGAAUCGAACCCACGACUUCCCGCUCUGCAGUCAAGCGCUCUACCGACUGAGCUAACACCGCUGUCGUGAGUGGAUGAAGCAGUCUCGCAUUACUGGUAAUAUUAUGCUGUAUACACAGGAUUCCCUGCACUCUUUUCCUUAGACCGUAAGCAGUCGUCCUUUUUUCCUCAGAGCCACGCGAGGCGAGAGAAAAAGUAAAGUUGUGCAAAUUACUAGUUCGCCCUCCUUCUUCGCGGCUUCGCCGCUCGCCCCCAUUCGUGCUCUCGGUCUACUGUGACUCAAAAGAAAAAUAAGAGACUGCUUGCAGUCUAUCUCUUCCUGCUCUGGGAGAGGAAUGCGAUGAUGAUAUACUGCAUACAGGGAGUAGUAAUUUGCUAGUAGCCACACACGGUACUGUUUGUUUUCGCCUUUUCUCUGAACAAAAAAGUAUCAGGGUUGUUUAUUUAAGGCCCUUUUGGCUCUAUAAUGCCUUCUUUUCAUUACUGUGGCAAAUACUUGGGGAAUAUCUUAGUUUUUAAGGCCCUCAACAAUCUCGCACCAAAUUACAUAAGAACUACGUUAACAAUGUCUAAUGACAUUCAUAAUGCGAGCAUGAAAAUGAGAAGACUUGCCCAAAAUUAGUAAUGUAGGAACUAAACAUUUUUCAGUCAUGCCUGAGGUCUUAAGAAUGUUAUAAAGCUUUUGGCCUUGUUUCGUGCGUUUUGUUUGAAAUAUUCGCAUGAAAUCUAUUGAAAUUACUCUUGUUGUCAUUUGUUCUUCAGAGAGUAUUUACAUGACUGCGUGAUGCAGUUAAUUCGUGUGUUCAUUUGACAUAUAACUGCGCAAUGCGAUUGCUUUGUCGUCUUUGUCAGUUCACUAGAGUUCUCAGUGGCUCAGUGGUUAGAGUAUCUUGCUAGAGUCUGAAAGGCUGUGGGUUCAUUUCCUAUCUGGAACUCAGAUUUUUUUUUUCUGAGUUCUUCUCUCCCCACAUAUUUUUCUAUUUAUUGAUUUCUUCGUCCAAAUAUUGAAUUACUGGCCCAUCGCUUUUUUCGAAACUGGACUACGGAUAGCAGUUAAAAUUCAAUUUGCUGGUUAUAGACCUUACAUCUGCGCCCACUCUCCGCAUAGAAAAGUAAAAAGUACAGUGUAUUUCGUUCUUAACGCUGCAAACACUUUUUUAUUUUGCUCUGUGCAGGCGAAACUGGAAUCGAGAUGCUAAAAAGUUGGUUAGACACCAUUUCAGCGACAGCGUCCAACAUAAGCCUCAUCAUCGUGGGCACUCACCUGGACGAAGUUCGUAAAAGCAGGGAAGCUGGAUAUGAAAAGCGCAUGCACGACCUGGUGAAAGAGCUGACCAAUAAGUACGCAAGACAAAUGAAUGUGGUGGGCAUUAAAGAAGUUAGUUGCGCAUUGGAUAAUAAAGAAGGUAUAGAAAAGAGACCAUUAUAAGUAAACAGCAAGUUCUCUUCUGUGUGCCCUUAAUUGUUCCUACCGACGGAAAGGGUUAAUUAAAUUAAAGUUAGCUUUAAUAUGUUAAUUCCAAUUUGUAAAUCGUUCAGACGUGCUAAUAUAUUAACAAAGUUGUAAAGUUGUAAGAAGUAAGAAUACCACUUCGGCUUUUCUGUGAUAUCCGUUUGAGCGUGGAAUUUAAUUGAAAAUUCAUCGUCGUUUAUGCAUUUUCCAAUAGAGCUUACCAGCACAAAACAAUACAAAAACUGUACGUUGUCCAUAGUGGAAGUAGUUUUUGUUAAAUUUUAUUAAUAAUACUUAACACUAAAUGACUUUCGAGAGAAACAAACUUAACUGUUUCCCGAGGGACCAGUCUUAAAGUGAGUUGUUAUAUGGCUGGAGAUUUUGAAGCUGGAAAUUCACUGAACCUCACUGUAACGGCGGUCGUCGGUCAAUAUUCGGGGCUAACAGUGCACUGUUAGCCUGUUACCCGUGAGAGAUUUUGCAAUAGAGACCUAAAGGUCGAAGUUUGGUCAUUUUACUGCAAACGACAAACUGCGUUUUGCGGUUAACGGUUUCACGUUAUCGGUCUGCCCAUAAUAUUAUUUGGGACUUAAGAUCUCGUGGGUGGUAGCUCGCGGCUGCCAUGUUUGUUUUCAUUCAUCCAUCUCUUUUAACUGAGAAAUUGUCUUCAAAAUUACGUUUUUUGAAAUAGAUUUCGAUUACCAAUAAGCAAAAGAGUUCUAAAGAGUCGUACCUCUUCUCAAACGUGUUAUUGUGAUGUUUAACGGUGCAAAAAACCUUGCGGUAAAUCACUUACCUCUGGAACGUGGUCGAGCCGCACAAACGUGAACCUCAAACCGCAAACCUGACGGCAAGGACCUGGUCACGUGACUUCUUGACGUUCGCGGUUCGCGGGAAAUGCCGAAAAACCUGAAUCUUAAGCUCUCUAUUGUUGCCGGAAUUCCCACUCGGAGAUUUGGGCGGGAAACAGUUUCAUUCUUAGAUGUCAUGUGACCUCAAAGUAACCAAUGAGGAUGCGCGCUGUUUGAAAGAAAUUUCUAGGUACAUAACGAUUGUCGUUGAUGAGCGCUUUGCUAGAAACGUAACCUAAAGUAUUUCUCUACAAGGAACACGCCAAGUAAGAGUUAACUCUUGACCUACUUUCAUAUGUGCAUACGUGCGUAACUUCCCUCCGUUGAUAUGAAAGGUCCGUUUCGCUCCCAUUUCUUCCCACGUGCCUUUUUUUCUCUUUUCCUUUUCCCUUCAAGUGCCUACCAUACAGGCUAAACACAGUAGGCCGGGUUCCCGGCGCUAGCGGCUAGCUAAAACCAAUGGCUACUCGGAAGUACAAAGGUGAUUUAACACGAGACGAUUUGCUGUGACGAUUUUUAGGGCAGCACAGCUUUGCAAGUUUUAAUGCUGGUUCAAACCUUUAAGGAUAAAAAGCAACUCCAUUAAAACAUGACGUUUAGCGAAUGCAAAAGCGUAAACGGAGGUGGCGGCUGGUGUAGCCACCUCCGUCUGGACAUUGCCGAACACAGGUACUCUGUAAUUGACAAACACGUCAAAGAAACAAGACGCUGUGGCAGCGUGCACUUCGGCGUCGCGGAUUAAUUGUGAAUGCAGAGAAAUAGUAAGAAAUGAUAUUUUUCCGGUUACUCCGUAGCAUACCCUUCCAUACAAAUAACCCUUACUUUUCUCUUUUUGUGUAACAGACGUACGCGUCGUAACUUCUUCACCGGAAGUCUCUCACUGCUAGGUGCAUGACCACGUGGCUGUAACCCAAUUCGGUUAACAUUUCUGCCAUAAAUAAAUUGCGCGCGACAACAUCUCAGUUCCACUUCCCUUAUUCCCUCUACAACAACGCUUUCCUUAUGUACAGUUAACUCCAGACCUAACAUCAGUACACUACCUUACAAAACUUGCCGAAAAUGCACAAUCUCCACACCGAGGAUAAUUCAAGUUCAACAUCGCAACAUAAACUAGAAAUAUGUAUCUCGCAAUAACCCUCGCGAAACUCUGUAGCUCCACUCAAGUUAAGCCCUGUCGGGCGGGAUUAGGAACUUGAUGGGUAACCCACCGCGAAUGAUCGUCGUGAAGGUCCUUACUUUUUCUUUCUUUUCUUUUUUUUUGCGUAUUGUGCGGUGUGAUUUUUAAAAGUGUAUUGAAAAGCAUAUUUAGCACUAUUUCGGCCGCUGGAUUUAGAGAAAAAAAAACAAACAAAUAAACACGGCAGUACAGAACUAAAACUUUAAUCUAUCGGCGGGGAAUUUGACCGGCAAACUAAUAAAUUUGGGUUUUCCACGGUGUAAAACGAAUUCCAAGCUAGAUUUCAGGGGGAAAAGGCAAGGUUUGGACGGUAAAAAGCCAAACUGAAACUUACUUUGGAGAAACAUAUCGCACGACAUAAGCAAACUCGUCUGCAAAGUGAAACGCACAGAAAAUUGCUCUUGUAUCUCGAUUUUCGCUCGUAUUUUGAAGCUACUAGCCCAAAUUGCUUCAAUGUUUUGUGUAAAAUACUUUUGCAGUCAAUAUUUCGAGCCAGCGAACUAAUUCCGAAGCAACUUCGGGACAUCCGAAUGCAACUUUGAAACAUUCCUGAGCGCCGCGAAUCCUUUACUUUGCGCUCCGCCGAAGUAAAAACACCAACAAGAGCCAACUAAUCUCCGAGAACGUUUUAAGAUCGUUAAGAGGAAAACUUGAGUGCCUCAUUUAUGACAUGUCGUUAAUUAAGGAAAAGAGACCAACCUUAAACCGGCACUCAAAACCGAUUCCAUUCCCUCAAAACUUUUCACUUGAUUAUUUCAUUCUUUUGUUCUUCAAAUUUAAUGUUGUGUCUCACACCGUCGUUUCCUAUAUAUAUCUUUUCAUAGUCUUUUUGAUUUGCAUUUUAUAAUGAUGACAUGUGGUCACCGAAACGUCAUGUUUUGAUAGCGUUGCUUUUUUCCUUGAAUGUUUCACAGAAUCUGUCGUUAUCAGAAGGUUCAAACCUUGCAACCCAAAACUCGCAUCGAUUUUCUAGACAGUUUUGACGUUGUAAACUUUUGAACCCUCUUUAAAAACUUGCAUCGCUUUUCUUGACAGUUUUGACUUUGUCUUCGUCGUCUCUUGUAUUAGUUUCGGUUUCAGUUUAUUGUUUUGUCAUAAAAAUCAUACAAAACAAGAAGUUUUACAUAUUUAAAAGCUAAUGGCAAGGAAGCCCAAGGGAAACCACUGGGCUUAUAAGGAAUAGCCGGGCGGCUUCAGUUAAUUAUUACAACAAGAUAUGAAAAACAAUUUAGCAAGUCCUUUAGUUCUGUUUGCGGUCAUUUGAGUUUACUUUGUGUAGAUUGCAUGUAACGUUCCGUUUUCGUUGUGUUUUCCUCAAAAAGGGAUUGAUGACCUUCGGCUCACUAUCUAUGAUGCCGCAGCAGCCCUCAAAAAGACCAGCCUGGGUCAGGUAUCGGUGAUGGGUGAGAUGAUCCCACACAGCUUCCUUUUGGUAGAAUCAGCCAUUCAUGCCAAGCGGCAAGAACUGCAAGACUCAAGAAAGCUGCCAAUCAUGCACAAAUCAGAAUACGAGGCUCUGGUUCUGGACAUCAUAAAGAAUGACCCACAGGAUAUUGAGGAUACUAACGACCUGAGGGAAGUUACUCAGUUCAUGCACGAGAGGGGUAAGCAUUGGCCAGGUUCUGCUCCCAGUGAACAGGGAGCUGGUACGACUUAUCACCGCAAAGGCUCUAGCGAUUGUUACAGGGACAGCAUAAACAUGGCGGACUGCAGCAAGCCACCUGUUAAAAGACGCUGUCCCUGUUAUUGUGAAUGAAGGAGACAUACCUGUUGCAUAAGGGUCUUAAGGAAUUCUGUAAUGGCGAAGAUUAGUUGUAUUUCUAAAACUAUUAUUGCAGUUUGGAACAGUAAUAGUGCGCUAUUUCUUUUGACCGUACAUGCUGUCAGUCCCUCCAAACGUUCCCAAGAAGCUUUAUUAGUUUUACAUUUGCGAGUUCAUUUUACAGAAUAUCACGUGACGCAGGGGUAACAGGGGUGCACUCUAGUUGCGAUAAUGAGUAGUAAAGCCGCUCGUAUAGGGCUGUUUUCUAGACUGAAUUGAUUAUUCAAAUGAGAAUAGAGAGUUAAAGAUACCACGACGGCGAUAGCGUUUAAAAAGUAAAUUCGCGUAACUCUCUAUUUGUCAAAUGUUGGCGAACUCUCCUGGAGUUGAAUUCCUAACAACCAUAUCCAAGUACAGAAAGUGAAAGAAAAUUUGGUCUUCGCUUGUUUACGUUCUCCAUAAAAACUGAGUGUGUUCUUUCUAUGUGGGCUUUUGUUAAUUAUCCCAUAUUUCACAGACUUAACUUAUACCCAGGCCCUUUCGGUUGGAAAUUAGGCAAUGGUAAGCUAAUUAAAAUGGUCUACUGCUAAUUAAACCACGCAUCUCAUUGUAAUUAAGGGCUUUACUACUGUUACAGGCAUCCUGUUACACUAUAACGACCCCAACCAAGACCUUCAAGAUCUUUAUUUCAUCGAUCCCAAGUGGCUUUGUGAAUUGAUGGCGAGAGUUGUGACGUUGCCGGAGGUAAAUCCGUACAUACACAACGGAGUCUUGAACCUGGACGAUCUUCCACAGAUUUUAAGAGGGGAGCUGUUUGCUCAGCACAACUCACCUCAGUUCAUCCGCCUUUUAAAUCGAUUCCAGGUCGCAUGCUCCUUGGGCGACAACCGCGUUUUGAUUCCUUCUAAACUGCCGGCCAAGAAACCGGAUGAGGCCACGAAUGCCGACUUGCCUUUCAUAACGCUGAAGCGAUUGCACUCUCUGCCUUGCAUACCUCAUGGAUUCUGGAGUCGCCUUAUCUCGCGCUUGUUGUCUUAUAUGAACGACAUGCUGUCAGGUGGAGAGACCUUCACCAGGAGUGAAUACUCCAGUCCGUUCCAGCUUGAUCCUUUCUGCUGUCGAUGCCCUCUGGUGCUGGAAAACUUAAUCUCAGGUGGCCAUAUGGAUAGUGAACAGAACCUUCAUGGCGCAAGAGAUUCCUCGAUUGGAGGAUCGUUCGAGAAUCUUUAUGAUUCUUCUGGGGAAAUUCAAGGUAUUCGAUUUUUUGGAACUCAGCGGCGUGGGACCUUCAUCAACGGCAGGUUCUUCGGCGUUUCCGAUGGGGAAGGUCAAAGCUCUCGCAGUGAUUCGGGGUAUGAAUACAGUUCUGAGGAGGAAGACGAAUCUCACGGAAGACCUCGCCAGGUGCUAAAUAUGACUUUUCCUUUCACUCGUUCAAAUGAUAACCGUCGGAGAAACAGACAAAUAUUUAAACAUGGUACCGAUCCAGGUGUCUGGCGAGAUGACGAGAGUGUCAGUGGUCCCGAGAAUGCCACACCCAAGAGCUACACAGGUAUUCCGAUCUUAAGACAGAAUUUCCGCGUGGAGGUGGAGUCGAGUCGUGAUAAAUCGGCGUCAAGCCUCGAUGAAGCGUCCUGUGCAGCGGCAGCUGUUGAAUAUGGAACCCCCCAAAUUGCCCUUGAACCUUCGAUACCUACAAAUGAGCUUGAAGAAAUAAGACAGACAGAAAUUGAUAGCUGUGAAAAUCUCUCUUUUGAGAGAAAAAUAGUCAUUAAGGCAGAUAAGGCAAUCGUCCAAGAUAAGAUCAUCAAUGAAAGGCCGUUAAUGAGCUCCGAUGGUAAAGAGCCCAGUGAAAGAAGCAUGACGGGCUUGUCCCCGUAUUGUAGUAGUGGCGAGGAAAGUGCGCCUUACCAUUCUGCGGUUUCCAGAACGAGCACGCCAGAUACAUUUCCAAGUGAUUUAACCGAUGGACAAUGCAUGGGUCUUUCAAAAAGUCCCACUGAAGACCCCAAGAGUGAAUCUUCCUUGGAAGGCUUCAGUGCUAAGGGAAUCUCGUGGCUCUCACAUCCCGUGACGGAAGCGGAAACUAAGGGGACACAAAGUUCUGGUUCACUAGAGAAACUCCCACCUCUUCACACCAUUGAAGGCCCGGAAUGCAGCGAAGGAGACAGGGGAAACGCCGAUAUAGAAGAUGGAGAAGCAGGUAACUAAGGAAUCAGUUACAUCGCCUUCCACUGCUUGGUGGCGAGGGUAUAAACUUAAAGCGAACGACUAAGAGGGUAAUGUAAAUCGUAUCUGUCAAUUCUUUAGAAAGGAUAGGGAAGGAAUUAACUAGUUAAUCGCUUGUGUGAAAUUCCAGCUCUGUGGGAUUUUACCCAUAGGCUGUAAAGGACUGACUAACUAACCCAUCAAGAGAUGGCCGUCUAUUUUAUCGGCUCGAAUUCCUCAAAACUAUAGACUUUUUCUAGGUACUUGGUACUGGCCAAACCAGACCGAACAGUUCGUGCAUAAUCGCUACAUGAUAAACUUUUUAGUUGGGUGAAAAGUGUUGUUGUUGUUGUUGUUGUUGUUGUUGUUUUUGCUCUGCCGGGAUUCUAUUUUCACUGGGGUACUGAGGGGAAAGUAACGCUAAGGAGCGCUUAUCAAUUAAAACAUUGAGGUGUUCUUCGUUUGUUUGUUUGUUUGUUCGCUCAUCUCAACAUUGCUUACAUGAGUGUAAAAUCUUCAGUUCUUUUGGGUUUUCUGUCAAAGUACCACCGAAGGGAAUAAACUUACCGAUUUAGAAGUUACAUCUACUAGAGAAUCGGGCUGGGGAAAAUUUCGCCCGGCAGGGUGUGUAAUAACUAUCAACUGAAGGUAAUGUAGACGGGCUGAAAAUAUCACUGACCAAGGGAUAGAGGAUAAGGGGGUGCAUGACUUACAAGACACCUCUUCUAUGUCUUCUAGCGGUGUUGUUGAUAUUUGACGGUUUUCGAGUUGUUAAUAUAUAUUGAUGGUUAACUUAUAACUAUUACUUCCCUCUGAUCGCUCAUAUUUUCUGGCAGGUGUAAGCGACCCCUCAGACUCUACGAUCUGCGAUAAUCAAGAGUCGCUUCCUACCCCUGGCACAAGCUUACAGUUUACAGAACAUCCUUCUGAAGUGUUUAAAGAUACCGCACUUGAGACGCCACUUACAAGUACACCAUCGAAAGCCCCGAGACCUUGUCCUGAGAGAAGCUCUAGUGAAGAUACUUAUCAAGGCAGACCACGUCUUGGAACACCCCAUCGUCCUGCCUGCCCUUUCAUUGAGGAUUUUCCCUUCGAAAAAUUACCUGAGCUUCCCACGGAUGUUGCCAAGCUGAUCGACAAUGGAUUCCUUCAUUGUUGGAAGUCCGGAGUUUGUUUGAGUCAUCCGCGCUUGUUCCUCUUGCUGCACUGUGUUCCUGACACGGCAAAUGAUCGACAGGUCAUUGUUACAGAGGUGAGUCCCUGCCCUCAAGGCCGCAGGGUGCUCAGCUAUGUUGUAGACCAUAUCGAUACUCUGAUUCGUGAGUGGUACCAAGAACUCUCCACCACAGACGGUUUUCAACCCAGGGUAAGACAGUUGAUACCUUGCGUGGUGUGCGAGCGGCUUGGUCUCGAGCCCUACAAAUUCACAUUUGUUCAAUGCCAGCAGCAGAGUUCCAAAUCCGACACAAUUUCAUGCCCCAAACAUCCUCGACUGGAGGUCAAUCUACACAAAGUAGCGCCGGAUAUCAUGUUACACGACGUAGAUGCUGAUUUGCUGUUGUCACAUGAUGAGAUCACUUAUGAAGACACUGAUUCGAGUAGGCUGGGAACUGGUGGAUUUGGGAAGGUAUUGUGAAUUAUUAGAAACCUCUAGAUUCGACGCUAACACCCGUCGUUUAAUGACGACGGCUCUUACGUAUUCCCGCUAAAAUGACGCUGCUUCAAGCGUGAGCACUGCUUGGUAUUGAGAAAAUCUCGUCCUCGUCGUUCUUGUCUUAUAUUCUUAAGAUCUCUAUUAUAAACUUCAUCUUACUAUAUAGUUUUAAGUCGUUGUGAACAACUUUUAGGUUGCUUAUGACGCUGGAUCAGAGUGAUGUCAAAUUGCACUUUGAGUUUGGGACUAUUUUGGGACCGUAUCACCGUCUUUUUCAUUGGCUAUUACAAAGUUGCGCCUGGCUGUAGUGGGUCAAAAUUUUUCCCCAAAACAUCUCAUACUGCAAGUCAACACGUGGUCGUAAAUGAGCCCAAAAAUGGUUAAGAUGCUAAAGUAACGUUGAAUUUGAGACCGUGACCUUUAGACAUCGAUUUGGAGCUAGAGACUAGAUGGAUCACUUUAGGUCUCUGGGAAACUGCCCACCUACCCCUCCCUUAACCCAACAUUUUGCCCCAAGUAAGACGCAAAUGUUAACGUUGAGUUAGGGGAGGGGUAUGUGGGAAGUUUCUCAGGAACCUAAAUCGAACCGACUUGAAUGAAACUGAGCCUUAUUAAUCCUUUCACUGAGUGCAAGUUAACCAUAAACAUUGCUGCAGUUACUGUACCCUUCUGCAUAUCCUCUGAAACAUAGACACAGUAAAACCCCCUAAAUACGGACACUGGGGGACCAUAGAAAGUGUCCUUAUAAACGGGGUGUCCGAAUUAAGCGGGUUGAAUUAAGAAAAAAUGUCAGGGCUUUAUUCCCCCAGGGACAAAGCAAACUGUCCGUAAUUACGAGGUGUCCUUAAAGCGGGGUUUUACUGUACAUAGGUAUUGCAUUGCUGACAAUGUUGCACCCCGUGUUACUGUAUCAGGUUGUUCGUGGACAGUGCAGAGGGCAAGAUGUAGCCAUCAAGUUUUAUAUUCAGAGCGAUGAGUCAGAGCCCCUCAGGCAUUAUCGUGAAGUGCGUAAGGAGUUGAACGUGCUGCGUCGUGUUCGCCAACACCCAUUCCUGAUCAGCGUUAUUGGUGUUUCCCUGCGUCCUCUGUGUCUGGUGCUGGAACUUGCUGAGCGUGGUGCGCUUACUGAUAUUAUUGUCAAACAGAAGUCUGUAGACCGGAUUGUGCUUUUCCGCAUCGCCUAUCAAGUAGCAGACGCCUUGAGAUUUCUGCACGAUUUGGGUAUAAUUUAUCGGGACUUAAAACCUGAAAAUGUCCUUGUUUGGUCACUGGACGAGCGUGAUGAACUGCACGUUAAGCUCAUCGACUUUGGCACCGCUAACUUUGCUACCAUGACAGGGCUUAUUUCGUACGCAGGUACACCCGGUAUUCGUGCCCCGGAGAUGUUGGAAUGCGCUAACAAGGAAGAGUAUACCUUUCAAGUAGAUGUUUACUCAUACGCGAUCCUUCUGUAUCAGCUCGUUACACGACUAGUUCCCUUUGAAGAAUACGAUUCUGAACCGAAGAUAAACGCGGCUGUCAUCGGGGGAGAGCGUCCAAGGUGGCAGCAGGUCCGCGUGACUAUGUUCGGUCUUCCGACACUCACCGAACUGAUGCUUCGGUGUUGGUCGGGUAAACCGACCAGGCGACCGAAGAGUGCUGAGAUAGUAGAGCAAGUCCGUCAACCAGCAUUCCAGUGUUUACUCGCUAAACAGCCCAUUCCCACUGAAAGCCUGUCAGUCAGGCAUGCGUGCCUCGUCCCAGAUUCGCACGAUCUGUGGCUCGCGUGUGAUGGUCGCACCGCUAACAAAAUUUUCAUUUACAAUAGUCGGACACUCGACAUGAAAUUUUCCUUCUGUAUUGACACUUACCAAGAAGAGAAGUACGUCUUGCAAAUUCAGUGCAUGCAUUUUAUGGCACAUCACAUGUUGAUCGCACUCCGCGGUGAGUUGGACUUAGUCAACAUCUACUCCACCUCAAGCGCAUCGCGCUACAAGUGCGUGGCAUCCUUUACCUUUAAAGAAAUGGUUACCUGUAUCGCGUCAAACGAUCAGUACAUCUUUUUUGGAUUUAUUGACGGACAAGUUCGCUACAUCCUGAAAACAGAUGUAAAGAAAAAUGAAAGACGGCGUGUUUUUCGCAGCUUUCCUGUGGAGCGCCACCGGAUUCUUUCAAUGGCUGUUGCUGAAGAUAAACUCUGGGUGGCAACCAGCAGAUAUAUCUUCCGUUUCUUCACUAAACCGGGUGAAAUGGAAGCGUUUGACAUAGACGCCAUGUGGUAUGCUGGUCCAAUUGGCAUGGAAAACAAUCCGCAGACUCAGGUUUCCCUUUUGAGGGUUGCUUUUGAUGGACAAAGCGUUCUGUCUGUUUGUAGGUAGGUACCUAUCUGCUUGCAGGGUGUCGCAGAGUAGAUUAGCUCAAUUUGAAUACGUUAAUUUUUAUUGUGAAAGGUUUGAACUCAGACGUCAGUUCAUAAGUAGGUUGAGCACGAUCUUCCAGGAAAACGUAGCGCUGAAUAGGACUGUUGUUGACAGUGACUGACGUUUCGACAACCUGUGCGGUAGUCAUAUUCAGAGGAAACUGAGUUUUAUCACGUGAGUUGAUGGUAUUACUCUGUUUAUUGACCUGAUUGGUCAAUUAAGUCGCGAUGUUAUUGGUCGUCUGUUCAGUCAGUCGGGUGCAAAGGUUUCUGCCGGUUUCACCAAUGUAACUGGUCUGGCAGUCACAGCAUUUGAUCUCUUAUUGCUCCCUGUCUGUCCUCCGGUUUGUCUUUGUCCUUAACAUUUGUAAGAAGCCGUCGUAAAGUUGUUAUGGGUUUGUGUGCAACACUUAUAUUGUAGGUGCCUCUCAGGUACGGUAUUGUCGCUGUCUUAACAGGGCAAGAGUUAACGUUAGUCUGAGUGUUGUACUCAGCGUUACUGUGAGUGUUUCGUCUAACAGAGUUGUUUGUACCAGAAACGUUGUUUAGGUAGUCAGUCUCGUCUCGUAGACCGUCAGGCGAGUCGUUAUCUAGUUGUGCUCGACUCGUCUAAGUCCGUGUAGUUGUAACCUUAUGAGAGGUCGGGUUGUACGACGACUGGUCCAGUAAUCUGUCGGUAUGUGUCGGUUUCCUGUAAAUUUACGUUCGUAGUCUGUUCUCGCGAGUGCGGAUCAAGUAGUUUAGAAAAGGUACUUUACCGUUUUCCUUGAUAUCAUUCGUAAACUUUAUGUCUGCGUUCUGUCUGUUAAGGUGUUCGUGAAAAUCUUCGAUGUCGUCCUUGUGUACAGCGAUAAAGGUGUCGUCAACUUAGCGUAACCAAGGAGAUAUAGUUCGCGUGUAAGUAGCUAGGGCUUGUUCCUCGAUGUUUUGCAUCACAAUUUCUGCUACAACAACAGAAACUGGAGAGCCCAUAGCUGUACCGUGUAACUGUACUGUUUGCCGUUGUACUGAAGGUACGUCGACGUUAGGCAGAGGUUGAGUAGGUCCAUAAUGUCGUCUGUAGGCAGUGGUAGUUUAACAGUGGAGUUCGUAAUAGCGUUCUCAGUGCAUUCUAGAACCAGUUGAAGUGGUUCAGUGAUUUCACGUCAAAAGGCACUUGUUUGUGGUCGUCAGGUAUCUGUAUUGCCUUAAUGGCGCCAAUAAAGUUCUUAGUAAACUGUUGUUUAUAUCUAGAUUCGUCAGUCAAAGGUCUCAGUACGUUAAACUAGUUAAGUAUUUAGACAGUUCGUAAGUCGGGGACCCACAGAAAAAGACUGUGGGCCGCAUAUGUACGUUGAGUUUGUGUAGUUUUGGUAGUCCAUACAGUUUGGGUGGCUGCGGGACACUAAACAGUCUGUUGUAGCGUCAGUGGAUAAUCAGAUAAUCAGUGGAUCGUCAGAGUAAGACCUUCAACUGAGGUGAUACAACUCACUUCACUCUGAAGAUGACUACCGCACAGGUUGUCGAAACGGCAGUCACUGUCAACAACAGUCCUAUUCAGGACUACAUAGGCUCAAGUUUAUUUUUGUCUGAGCCGAUCUUAGCAUACUUCAAGCCCUCAUCCCUUAGGAUUGCAGUAUCUAUGUUGCGUAACGUAAAGGUUUUUAGCGGAUUUUUCUGGGGGCUUGCACGACAAACGUAAAAUCCUCUGGAUCCUGUGUCCUUCAACUUGUGUACGUGAUUUAGUUCUUGUGCCUUUGAUCACAAGCCUACCAUCCACAGCAUGUGUGAUGUUUUAUUUAUUUUUCUUUCAAAAUAUAUCUCCCGUUCUGAUUAACUCAAAUUCCCUGGCAUAUUCUUCAUAACCAGCUCGCGAUAACCAAAUUUGAAAGACGUUUGCGAUAUCCGGUAAAAUGACGUCAAUGGUACAGGCUCCUACCGACCGAAAAAGGGACGAAAACCAAGAAGUCCUUGGGGCGAGGUUGUGUUAGCUCAGUUGUUUUGAUAGAGUUGGAAAAAAUGGCGAAAAAUUCUACACGGAAGAGGUUGCCGAGCUUCUGCCUAAGAGAGGGAGGGUGGUGCAAAAAUAAAAAUAACAGCAGAUUAGUAAAAUGGGGGAAAAAAUACGUCCAGACAAGAAUCAUUUACCCUACAGACGUCGUAUGUUUUUGUGAAGUCACAGCUCACACGAGGGUAAUAUGUGUCGGAAGGGCGCAGGUCAACUGACACGAUGCUCGUGGAAAGCACUGAUGCCUUUGCCUGUAUCACAUGCGUGGAGCCCACGCGCGACGCCGUUUGGGUGGGGACCUCGAGCGGUCACAUCUUGAUUUUCGAUUCGGAUACGGGGCAUCUUCUCUCGUGGUUCCAUACUUUUGAUGAAACGCGUAGCCUUACCCUCAUGCACGGCCCAGGCCCAUGUGGCACUGAGCAGAAUUACGUCAUCAGCACGGGCAAGGGGCUUAGGCCUGAGGGAUUAGGGACACGUAGUGUGUGUGUGUUGUCUGCGGAACGAGUACGAGAGCCCCCCGUGGAGAUUACUGCGAGGAAAAUUUCCGAGCCGAAACAAAAGAUAGGAAAACAGAACCAACGAAGCCCGACUCCUCCAUGUGUCGAUGAGCCCGAUGCUGCAGAGGCAGACCCGUGCCUUCCCCCGAGGUGCGUGAUGAUUUUGUGGGAAUCUGUGUCCAAGAGCUGUUUUUUCAGAAUCGAGGCCAAAAGUGGUCGGCAGCGUUUUCCGAUUGUUGCUAACAAUGAUGUCUCCGAAGACCAGGCCUCGAAAGAUAGCGAAGAAGAGAUUCCUCAAACGUAAUCCGUAAAACGGUAACCUGAGGUCAACUUGUAUUUGUGACCACGUCGCACUAGUUUACGACGAGAGUACUAAUUCUCUAAAUCUUAAUAGACUUGGCUAUAAAAAUAUUUUUUAGAGAAGAAAUCAUUGAGGUGAACAAACCGACGAACUGGGGUCUGUAUCCAAUUUUUGCAGAUGACCAAAAGAGCGUUUUUUCUUUAACAUAAAAUUUCUUAAUAAAUUAUUGUAGUGGCCUUAUGCCUAGCAAAAUUUGGGUAAUAAUAGGUGGUUUUGUAUGAGAAAGUUUAUUGAACGCUAUCGAAGUUCAGUUAUAACGCAGUAUCAGAAACGUGCCGUAUUUCCUACAUUUUACAUACAAAUGUGUUAGAAUAGAUAUAGCAAGGUAUAUUUCAUGAUGUAAAACGUAGUGUUACAGAGCCUGUAGCAUCUUGGUUGUUUUUAUUGAGCGCUAAAAAGGUCAGUUUUACAUUUCUUAUAUCAGUCGGUCUUACGUUUAUGUCUACGUUGUGAAAAGCUCUAAACUUGCCGUCAAAUAAGUAACAAACCAAUUUGUUUGUUGAGAAGGGCCCUCAGUAAGGUUUAAAAAUACAAACGUAGGUAAAUAGAGAUUAAACAAAAUGCUGCUGCGUUGUCUAAAAUGAGAGAGCCUGGGUACAAGUGUGAUGAACAUCACACAGAUUCGUCCCAACCGAACUUGCGCAUUCCUAUGCGCAACCUUCUCCCGAGGGCUAAGCCAGAUACCAAAAUUUUCCAGUUACGGCACUUUAGGUAGAACCUCUCAAGAGAGACCGCGACCGUUUUAGAGGGGUUGAUGGUAACAUUUUUCCGUGUUAUAGUAGCUGAGCUUAUGCGCGCGCGACGCUUCCUCCAUUGCUGUACAAACUGGAAACCUAUCGAUGCGAAUGAAAUUUGGUUAUGACAUCAGGGAACGUACGACCAUCCGUACAGACUCUCGAGGAUUGGGAAGGGAUACUCUUCAAGGCAGAGGAAAGGAGUUCCAGACAUGCUUCGCGUUUCGGUCUUGGCUUAAAAUUAACCAGUUUAAAGGCAAUCAGUGUAACUUCCCCAGCAAAAAUGUAGAACUUUCUUGUGUUUCACUUUCGACAAAAAAUUAACUGUUUUUUGCUUGGUUACGCUUUUGGUCACUCUCCAGGACCAGUCUAGUCUCAGACUGGUCAAAAUUUUGACAGGUGUUUGCAUGCUUAACAACGUAUGCAGCAUCUUAAAUAGACCUUUUCACGAUACCUACGAUUUUUGCACGCGCUAACAAGUAACUUUUGUAAACAAAAUGUCUGUUUUCUCACCAUACUGAUUAUCUCGUAAAUGAGAAGUUUUACUCUUACGAACAAAACCAAAGCUUUCAAUAUAUAUAUAUAUAUGAUCCUGAUAAUUAGAAGCUCAACACCAUACUUUAAAAAAAGUAAUUCCCUGUGAAAAUUAAAUAUAUUUAUAGCAGCAUAUAUUUUGUUUCCUUGCACACAUUCCACAAUAUGUCGCACAUAAAAUAGUUACAUUAUUCUAAGCACAUGCUAGCAAAGAAAGUUAUCUUCUAUACAUGAAUUUUAUUUUACAUCAGCGAAAACUUUGAGUAUUAAUUUUUAAAAGCAGAACACGGUAUAAUGAUGUAAGCUCAAUGUUACGUGAUGGAUGCAAGAGCUGUUCUCUCUGUCCACCUCACGUAUUUUAGAUUCUUGAUUGUAAUGCGUUAUGUAUAGUUUUAAUAUUAAUUUUUUACUUUUAUAUUGUAUGCGUAAUUCCAAUUAUAGAUUGUGUAUGGGGUUUAUCCCAAGCUAUAAGGCUCCGAC